CUCGCAUUCGAAAACCCCCCCAGAACAAAUACGAGAGAGCGCCUUAUCCCUCCCAGCCCCCGCUCUCACUCUCACUCUCACUACAACUUCGUCCGUCAUGUCUAGAGGACCAGACCGUCUUCUGAGGAACUUGAAGCAAUUCACAGACCUUCAAUACAAGAACUUCACUCGUCAAUAUGGCCAACAAUUGAUAGAUAUCUUGGAAUUCCCAAUAAAGCUCGUUCUCUCUCCUUUCACGAUUGCCUUCGACAUUGCUGGCUCAGCUCCACGUGGGUUCGGCGUCCCUGAAUUCAUCUCCAAGCUCUCAUAUUCUGCAAUCUUUGUUGUGGCUACUCUUGGGACUUAUGAUAUUGCAUUAGAGCUCGGUAAAAAGGUGUUAUGUCAGAGAGAUUGUAGGACCUGCAAUGGAUGGCAGGCAUUGCAGUGUACUAUGUGCAAAGGCUUGGGCAAGGUGCAGUACCAAGUGAAAAAUUAUACCUUGAAAAGUGGAGAGAAGGCAACAGCUGAGAGUGUUGCAGAUGCCAUUUCUGAGAAUCGAGCCGAGUUGUUGCACCUUCCUUCCACCAUGGAUCUUCAUGUGCCACUGCCAUCCAAAGACUGCCCAAGUUGUGAUGGAUCGGGUGUUAUGAAAUGUACUGAAUGCAAAGAUAAAUUACAAAUAAGGAUUUCAGCGGAUGAUAUUAUGGAACCUCCAUGGCAAGCCUAUAAUGUCCUUAGAAAGAUGGAGUAUCCAUAUGAGCAUAUUGUUCACAGCAUGAGAGACCCCAGCAUUGCUGCAUUUUGGUUGAUUACUAUGCCUGAGAUUGUUGGAGGAUUUAACUAUGAUGAUGAAGUCAAGCAGAAAAUUUGGUGGCAAUACAAGGAAUCUAUGCGGUAUGAUCAACUUCGGGAUGUGGUAGCCAAGCGAAAACCUGGAUGGGAAUACUUACAAGAGGCCCUGAUCUCCAUAGAUCCUGUUCGUGCUAGGGAUGAUCCAGUUGUUGUGAAAAACAUCCCUUACUUCAAAGCCAAGAAGGCACUGGAGGCAGAAGUACUGAAGCUUGAUCCUCCUGCUCGACCAGAAAAUUGGGGAGAGAUGAACCUUCCAUUGAAUGCAUCAGCUUGGAGUAAGGAGGACCUCAAAGAUCCAAAAAAAUUAUAUGAGAUGACAGUUCUUCUUAAUGCCCAAAGAGAAAUUGCUGAUAAAAUCUUGGAAGCAGAGUGGGAAACAAAGUGGCGUCAAGAAAAGUUGAAUGAAAUGUUGGAAGAGAAGGUGCGGCCAUACAUUCAGAACAUGGACAAUGGUGUCAUUCCUCCGCCUAUAGUAAUGCAAUCCCCAAAGAAUCAGGAUCAUAAGAGAAAACCUCGGCAGCGGAGAUGGUGGUUCUUUUGAUGGUUACAGCAGCAGCAAGAGCAAUGCUUGAGGCCGCAACUGUAUCCCUUGGCUGUGCCAUGGCGACAUUUUAUAUGUUCUUUCUGAGACUUGUUUGUCUGUGGAUCUAUCUUCUAGGGUUUCAAUUUCUCUCAUUGUUUGUUCAACGGUUACUAUUCUUGUAGGGUGGCUCUGGCUUUAAAAUCCCAGUGAUUUUAUGACUAAGGCAAGACCAGAAGAGCCAAAAGCUCCUUGCAUUGGCUUAAAGAGGUUUCACAAUUGUUUUUAUAAGCA